AGGAGGAGGAGAUUUCCACCUUGGUAUUGAUGGCUCCCAAGGAACGCAAGUAGGUUUCAACCCCUCCGUACUUGAAGUAGUCAGAGGUGGCGAUGCACAUCUUGCGGAAGCAGCCAGCCUUCUGAUCGAUGCAGGGGCAGCCAGUGAGGGCGUUGCCAGCCUGAUGGUGCCAUCGUCAUGCAAGGAACGACGUCAAGACGAGCGACUGGCGGUAGAGGAGGAGGAAAGCGAAACCCAUGGAGCAGCAGCAGCAGCAGCAGCAGCAGCACGAGGAGGAAGAGAAUCAGGAGGUGGAGGCGGACGAGGAAUCUGGCCCAAUCAUCGCUCACCUGACACUGGCUACGGCAGUUUAUGAUUCGCAGAAUUUGAUCCAGUUGCGUCUGGGCAGCUGCGAGCUCCGCGGCGAGGGAGUUGGCAGUGUUGAGACCAUCGUUCUUGGCGAUGUCGUACGCGACACUGAGAUCGUUGAUCUUGUUCUCGAGCACCGUUAUCUCUUGAGUCUUGGCGGACACACACGUCGUGUUGGCACAACUGUGUGUUGCAACAGUAAAUUAUCAACAU